CUAGUGUUGCUACUGUAUUUAUAUACUUUGUCUAAAAUCAGAUUUUGUUUGAUUUUGAAAUUGUUUGGUGAGAAGGGGUAUAUAAAAUACAGCUAAAAAAAUCAUUGAAUUCGUUUUGUGCGAAAUAAAGGAAAAUAGCUUUUUGCUCGUGAUGUUUUAAAAAUUGAACUAGAAAAUGCUAAAAUGGUCACACUGGUUAUGAGUUAUAUUUGUCAAGUAUAGACCAAAGUAAAUUAAUUGCAUAGAAUAGUAAAUUAAUUUUUGGUUCGUUUAUUUCGCAAGCAAAUUUUUUUAUCAAGACCUGAAAUUGAAAUGGCGAAACGACAAAAACAUAAAGCUUUGGAGAUAAUAAUAUCAAAAGAUGUGCAUUUGACUAAACUUCUCGUUUCAAGGUUUCUACAAUAUCCAUCAUUUAAAUCUUUAAAAACGCACUGUAAAAGUUUGGAAAUAUCAUGUAACGGCAUAGUUUGGUUAGCAGUAUGGUUAACGUUUAUAUAUUUAUUUAAUAAAAAGGAUCUUUGUGAAAUGCAAAUCAAUAUGCUCUUCGGUCUAAUAAUAGAUAUAUUUCUUAUAGCUAUAAUCAAAUCUGUAUGUAGGCGAAGAAGACCAACUGUACCAGAAGAUAUGUUAGUAUUGGGUCCUGACAAAUUUAGCUUUCCAUCUGGACAUGCAUCAAGAGCAUCUUUCGUCGCAAUGUUUUUUAUUUUCUUAUGUCCCAUUUCAAAAAUUUGGUGGAUGCCAUUAACAUGUUGGUGCUUAAGCGUCUGUCUAUCGCGUAUAUUAAUGCAGCGUCAUUACAUAUUAGAUGUUCUUGCUGGAUGUGUUCUUGGUUUUGUGGAGAUUUAUUUUUUAAAGAUUAUUUGGAUAAGCGAAAGUACAUCACAAUAUCUUAUAAACUUUUUUACAAAUGAUGAAUUACCUAUUGAUGUGGAAUAGCAAAUUUUUAUUUUUCAAACAUUUUAAAAUACUUUAAAAAUAAAUAUAAAAUUUAAAAAGUGUA